CAUGCGCAAACUGAUCGUCGUGUCUUCUACUAGAAAUCUGUCCUAAAAAAGGCACCAGUACAGUGUGAACUUUUAUGUCCGCGUUAAUGCUCAUUUUGUCUUUCUACCUGUUCACCUACGGCGGGACAAACUGGACGUUAUUCAUUAUUUGUGUCAGGAGGAACUCGACGCUUCUCUGGCGAGCUUAGCUUAGCAUGCUAGGUAGCUUGCUAGCUGCUAGCAAAGAGAGGCGGAAGUGUGGCCAAAUAGCGAUGACGUGUGAAAUGUCACGUGUGACGUACAAAUCGUGAUGCGUGGAAAUGUGUGACGUACUAAUGCUGCCAGUGUGGGGGAAUCAGUGAGUAGUUGAGGGGGAACUUUGUCCAAGUAAAGUGGAGAAGGAGCCACAACGUCAACGACUGGACGCAGUUUGGAAGAAACAUCAAGUUGUGUCACACACAUCAGGAGUGGACCACCGGGAUGGAUCAGUGGGUACCACAGCCCCUCCCACGUUAAAGAGGAAGAGGAGGACCACAGCAUCAGUCUCUUGGAGGAGCUUGAUGUCAACAACAUGCCAGUGACUGGUGUGCUUGUGAAGGGUGAAGAUGAUGAGGAGAGAGAGGAAAAGCCUCCAAGCAGCAGCUCAGCUCAACACAUGACAAGAGAAGCUGGUGGAGACCACUGUGGAGGACCACCACCAGACAAGAUCUCAGCUCCACGGUCAAGGUCACACUCUCCUGACUCUGAUAAUGGAGGACCACCAGCAGAUACGAUGUUAGCCCCACAAUUAAGGUCACACUCUCCUGCCUCUAAUGCUGGAGACCACAGUGGAGGACCACCAGCAGACAAGAUGUUAUCUCCACUAUCAGAUAGUGACGACACGACGUCGCAAUCUCCUGACUCCGACGAUGAAGAUACUAAAGCACACUUGACAUGUUCUCACUGUGAUAAAACCUUUCAUCGCCGUCGUAACCUGAAGAGACACAUGAGAAUACACACCGGAGAAAAACCAUACACGUGCUCAGUCUGUAGUAAAAGAUUCUCUCGGAAGGAAGAUGUGAAAAUCCACAUGAGAAUACACACCGGGGAGAAGCCCUUUGACUGUCCUUUUUGUGGGAAAGGUUUCAAACAGAAUAAGCAUCUGAAAAUACACAUAAGAAUACACACGGGAGAAAGACCCUUUUCUUGUUCAAUCUGCAGCAAAGGUUUUACACAAAGUCACUGUUUGAAAGUACACAUGAGAAUACACACUGGCGAAAGACCAUAUUCCUGUUCGAGCUGCGACAAAAGCUUUGCUGACCGAUCGACACUUGUCAAACACAUGAGGACACACACGGGUGAGAAGGUGUUGAGUUGCAGUGUGUGUGGUGAAAGCUUCUCCUAUAAGUACCAGUGGAAGAAACACAAGUGUGCUGCUGACAACAGCAGCAAAUGAUACAUAUAUGUAAGUACCAGUGGAAGAAACAAAGCAGCAAAUGAUACAUAUUAGGGGUGUAACGGUACGUGUAUUUGUAUUGAACCGUUUCGGUACGUGGGGUUCGGUUCGGAGGUGUACCGAACGAGUUUCCACACGAACAUAUAAAGGAGCCGCCUAGGCUAAAGUCUUAACAAGCAGCUCCGCUUCCUUCUGCGCAUGUAGUCAGUUCUUAGCAUUUUGCAGGUAAGCAUCAGGCAGCGGACUCUCCCCAAGUUAUAAUAAACACCUCCCAGUCAACUACUAGUAACAUCAUGAUGAGCCCGUUGACCUUCUAGAAAUAUAAACUGCAGUUUCAGCUCGCUCGCAGUCCUGGCUUGAGGUGAAGGCUAAUUCGCUUUUAGCGUAACGUUAGCUCAUUUUGCGGUGUGUGUGUGUUACGUAUAGCAAAGCCCUGUCUGUCUGUUAUUUCACUUGACCUUUUUCUGUGUUGAUUGAGCUGUGUUGAAGCAGCAAAAAAGGACAUUAUGUUAAAUGAAGAGUUUCUGUCUCUGAUAGUUGAUAUAAUAAUGUAAGUGCAUCAUAAAGCCUACAUGAACUCCAUGGUGUUCAGGGAUGAAUAGUCUCUCCUAUUGCUAUUGUACUAUUUUUUCAGCUAUAGUUACAUGAAUCAUUAGUAAUGGAGCAGCCUAGUUUUGAAUGGCAGGGUCCCUGCUGUCACAUGUUGAUACAAAUAUAAAAUGCACAUAAUAAAAAUCAACUACAGGCUUCCCAAAUGCUGUAAUAAAUUAAGCAUGAUGAGUUGACUUGAAACAGUUUAAUGUUGCACUUUUUUUAUGUAGAAGUUUUGUCAUUUUAUUUAAUCUGAGCAACAACUUGAGGCAGUUUAAUGUUGAUUAACGUGGGCAGAAUUAUUAUAGUGUUCCCAAUGUUAAAAGGAUAAAGCCAUUGUUUACAAAUUUGGUAUAUAACCAAAACAUUUAUAUUUUGUUGCUUUCAUACUGUACCGAAAAUGAACCGAACCGAGACCUCUACACCAAAAUUUUUGUGUACUGUUACACCCCUAGUACCAGUGGAAGAAAGAAAGCAGCAAAUGAUACAUAUAUAUAAGUACCAGUGGAAGAAAGAAAGCAGCAAAUGAUACAUAUAUAUAUAUAUAAGUACCAGUGGAAGAAAGAAAGCAGCAAAUGAUACAUAUAUAUAUAUAAGUACCAGUGGAAGAAAGAAAGCAGCAAAUGAUACAUAUAUAUAUACAAGUACCAGUGGAAGAAAGAAAGCAGCAAAUGAUACAUAUAUAUAUAUAUAUAUAAGUACCAGUGGAAGAAAGAAAGCAGCAAAUGAUACAUAUAUAUAUAUAAGUACCAGUGGAAGAAAGAAAGCAGCAAAUGAUACAUAUAUAUAUAAGUACCAGUGGAAGAAAGAAAGCAGCAAAUGAUACAUAUAUAUAUAUAUAUAAGUACCAGUGGAAGAAAGAAAGCAGCAAAUGAUACAUAUAUAUAUAUAAGUACCAGUGGAAGAAAGAAAGCAGCAAAUGAUACAUAUAUAUAUAAGUACCAGUGGAAGAAAGAAAGCAGCAAAUGAUACAUAUAUAUAUAUAUAAGUACCAGUGGAAGAAACAAGUAACAGCCGCAGAAAAUGAAGCUGCAGGAUUUGAAAUAGUGUCAAAACUUUGACUUGACUAACAUGAGCACAUGUGACAUGUGACAUCAUUGUUAAUAUGAUGCUAACAUUUAUAGAUGACAUGUUUUAGAUC